CCAAUCAGGUGCAGCAUACUUUCACAUAUCUAUCUUACUCGGUCCAUGUCGUCCAGCAGCUGUGCGCUACGCGGCCAAAGCGCAGUCUCUUACCAGCUUUCCGUGCGUUCGACAGUGGAUUAUAUGCCAUACUUGUUUACAAUCUGCAAUCUAUAGAGGAGAUGGAGGGAACUUGAGAAGCGGAGGCAGCGGCGAAGCUGUGGAGUCCUUGAAAGCAAACAGGUCGCUCUCCAGCGAUGUCGACAUGCAAUAACCUAUUUGGCUUUGAGGAAUACAAUGGCCAGUGCGAAUUCUUCGGGGAGGGCCCUACAGUUCUUCCUGAAGGGCUAGGAUGGUUCAUCCUUGUCGGCCUCGGCGCGGUCUUCGCUUGCGUGCCCACGGCCCUCAUCUGGUUGGACCGGCGGUUCGGAAACUUUGGGGCUGACUCGGAGAGCUUCGCCACCGCCGGCCGCAGCAUCAGAGCCGGCCUGACCGCCUGUGACAUCGUUGCCAAGUGGACGUGGGCCGCCACGCUGCUUCAGUCUACAAACGUAGCAUGGAAGUUUGGCGUAGCAGGGCCCUUCUGGUAUGCAGCAGGCGCCACCGUGCAGGUGCUGCUGUUCGCCAUCCUGGCCGUGGAGAUCAAGCGCAAGGCCCCCACCAUCCACACCUUCCUGGAGAUCAUCCGCUGCCGCUGGGGCACGACCGCCCACGUCGUGUUCACGUGCUAUGGCUUCCUGACCAACAUCAUUGUGACUGCCAUGCUCAUUCUGGGCGGUGCCGCCGUGAUGGAGGCCUUGACCGGCGUGUCCGUGUAUGCUGCUUCCUUCCUCAUUCCUGCCGGUGUAGUGAUGUACACGGCGGUUGGCGGCCUGAAGGGCACCGUGGUGGCUGAGUGGCUGAACGUUUCGGUGAUUUACAUAGUAAUGUUGAUCUUCAUGUUCCAGGUCUACGCCACUAACCCAGAUUUAGGAUCCAUAGCAACCGUAUACCAACGGCUUGCGGUGAUGUCAAUUAAGUACCCGGUGGCUGACAACAUGGGCGGCUCCUAUAUGACCAUGUUCUCCAAGUCUGGCAUCAUCUUCGGCAUCAUCAACAUCAUCGGCAACUUCGGCACCGUGUUCGUGGACCAGUCCUACUGGCAGGGCGCCAUCGCCGCCAAGCCGUCUGCAACGUACCGUGGCUACCUGCUGGGUGGCCUGUGCUGGUUCGCCAUUCCCUUCACCUUUGCCACCACCAUGGGCCUGGGCGCCCGCGCUCUGGACCUGCCCAUUACACUGGAGGAAGCUAACAAAGGACUGGUGCCGCCGGCACUGGCCGUGCACCUAAUGGGCCAGGGCGGCGCGUUCCUCAUGACGCUCCAACUCUUUAUGGCCGUGACUGCCACCGCCUGCGCCGAGCAGAUGGCCGUGGCCACCAUUGUCGCCUACGACAUUUACAAGCCCUACAUCAAUAAGAACGCAGACGGACGGCUGAUGGUGAAGCUGCAGCGCAUAACCAUUGUUGUCUACGCGCUUGUGUCAGGCUGCGUAGCGGUGAUUCUGCUAAAGCUAAACGUGUCGCUGAGUUGGGUAUACAUGUUCAUGGGGAUUGUGAUCGGCUCGGCCGUGUUCCCCAUCGCCGCCUCCCUCACCUGGGCCAAGUGCUCCGCCACCGCGGCGUGCGUGUCAGCUGUCAUGACGACGCCACUCAGUGUCAUGACCUGGCUAAUCGUCGCCGCAAAGCUGAACAACGGCGUCCUCAGCCUGAACACCACUGGCCAGGACUACCCCAUGCUCGCCGGCAACCUGGUGGCGCUCUUCCUGUCCAUGAUCCUGUGCAUCAUCCUCUCCUACAUCUUUCCCCAGGACUUCGACUGGGCCGAGCUGCGCAACAUCCCGGUGUUGGACUCGGACCCGAACGCCGACCCCAACAACUUUGAUGGAGACGACUCACCGCAGGCCCUGAACAAGGUGGUGCGGUUCACCUGGAUCACCAGCGGCAUCCUGACGCUGCUGCUGCUCAUCCUGUGGCCCUGCCUGGCGCUGCCGGCCAUGGUUUUCAGCCAGGGCUACUUCACCUUCUGGGUGAUGAUCGCCAUGAUUUGGGGCAUCGUGGCCUCGGCCGUGUGCAUCAUGCUGCCGGUCAUCGAGGCCAGCGACCUGGUGGCGGCGGUGCUGCGCGGCAAGCGGCUCGCCUCCAACAGCUCGGCGCACAGCAGCACGCACGCGCAGGCCGCCAAGGCGCACCCGGGCCCCGGCGGGGCCCCCGCGGCGGGAGCAGACGGGGGGCCGGGGGCGGCUGCCGCCGCUGACGCGGCGGCCGCGGUGGCGGUGGCGGUGGACGGCAGCGGCGUGGAGCCGGUCAAAUCGCGGUCUCGCCAGGCCCUCGUGAGUGCGGUGCUGUGCGUGCAGCUGCCCACCUCGCGGAACGCGCGCUCGUAGCUGCCGCAGCGCUUGUGGGGCUGCCGCAGGCAGCGACCUGGGCGCACGGCCAGCCCUCGCGCCUGUAGCGGAGGCUAGCGGCGAAGCGUGCGCACUGCAAACCAGGGCGCGAAGCGGCAGGGUGCAGCGCGCCCGGGGGCAGUGCGCUCAGUUCCGGGCUGGACAAGGUCGGGGUAUUCAGUCUUCUGAUCCUGUCCAAGCACCCACGCCCGUUCCGAGGCUGCCCACGUACCCACGCCCUUUCUCUGGGGCCGGGCGCAGGAUUGCAGGCCGGGAAGCUUCUCCCGCUGCCGAUGGCUAGUGUACAAACGAAUGACGGCGUGACCUGAGGGACAGAUCCGGUCACUGCACAAUGCAAAGGCGACGAUACCUGUACGGUGUGUGGGGCCAAGCAAUGAGGGCUUCAGCCUUGGCACACGCAUGGUCAACAUCCCAUAUGCAAUUGGAGCGGCGCGACAGGCCGGCGGGCGCGGCCGCUGAGAGCCAAUGUAUGCGCGUGCAGCAGCUGCGGCGAUUACUGAUGUUGACACUCUGCAGGCACAAAGCCCAUAAGGGCUAAGGCAUAUGACUGGCGUGCAGUCGUAGUUUAUUGUUGUUGUGACCUUUGUGGUUUGUUGCGGGGGCCAGCUAGCGUUGCAAAGGCGCGCGGCGGCACGGGGUGCUGUGGGGCUUUUGGGCGCGAACGCGGGGCGCCGGGGCGACAUGACAGGGCAAGGCCGCGGAGCAUUGUAGUGUGAAUGCAGCAGGGUCUGCCACGUAAUAUUCUUUCAUCUUAUAUGCAUGUCGAUGGUCAGGCAUAGUUUACGGACAGGUGUGAGGUGGGAAUGAUGGGCGCGCAAUCUAUACAGGGUGGACCGGCUUGGGGCCUCCAUGCGGCUCCCUGGAAGGAGCAGUGCGUCGGCACUCGGCAUCUGACAGAGAAGCCUUUGGGCGUCACAACGAACGACAAAAAGCAUGUGCGAGGCAUCCAACGGAUGUCAGAUCUAAUGAUUUUAUUGCUAAAAUAUGUAUGGUGGCAUGUGACUGUUCCAUUGGCGUUAGUCCAUAAUGGGUGCUGUGUGGGUGUGCCACUGCAGGUUGUCUCGCAUACGGUGGUCAGGAUGGGCCGGGCUUGCCGCGCUUACUGUUAGCACAGGCUGCAUGAAGUAUAGGUAUGGCACUAAAUGUAUGUGAGUGCAGUGUUGGAAGGGGCUGCCUGGAUGGAGUGGCUGUUGCGGUUGAUGCGACCCUCCUGCAUUCGCCAGCUUGCUUAGGCAGAAGCAGCUGUGGGUGCAUGUGGGCCAGCCGACAGGUUUGUGGGGAGGACCGUGUAAUCCCGUCUUUGCAAUU